AUGGGUACGGUGGUUGAGAAGGUUCAGUCCGCAAAAAGCAGGCUGAACGAAGCUUUUACCAGCAUGCUACCAGGCUUUGAGGCUUCACUGUUGGUGGCUUCAGCCAGGGAUGUGGAGGUUUCCGAACUCCAGCAAAAACUGAAACUAGCUGAUGGUGAAAUCGAUCGCAUUAACAAGCGGUUCGAUGAGUCCCAAGGCAACACGACCGAGGUCGAGGCCCUCAAGAGUGCCCUUGCCGAAGCCAAGGAGGAGGCGAGGGCAAGCAAAGCUGCCGCAGAGAAAGUGGCUAUGGAUGCGGAGGCCGAAAAGGCCACCCGCCUUCAGUAUGAGGUGAGGGUGACCGAAGUAGAGCAAGCGCUCCAGGAGGCCGCCAACAAGUGUGAGUCCUUGGAGGAGAGUAACAAGGCUCAAGAGGCCGAACUCUCCAAGGCUCUUCAAGAGGCGAAGGAGGCGCGGUCCGAGUCCCGGGCGGCUCGUGAGGAGAUCAAGCAAGCCGAACUGAUAGCGGCUGGUAAGCCUGUUCUUUUACAGAGUAUAUUCGGCGGUCAAAGUCAUGCUUUGCUAAAUCGACUGUGGAGUGCUCCAGACGCUUUUGCGGAUCUCCCGAGGAGUGCUGCUAAUGCCGCCCAAUAUUUAUGGGCCCAAGACGGGAACGCGACGGAGAAGCUCUUCUGUUCACAGUACUUGGCGCCAGAGCAGCCAGCGCUACUGAACAAUCAGAUGAUGUAG